UCCAAAUUGAAGUGCUGUCGCUGAAUUCGUUCUACAUUUGCAAUGGAUCCUUCAUCGCUUAAUUCCCCCGAAUUGCAGCACUUUCUUAAUCAAGAAAAGGAAAAGGCCAUGGUGAAUGAAAUGAUCGGGAAACUUACAUCAACAUGCUGGGACAAAUGCAUCACGGGCACUCCCGGGAACAAGUUCAGCUCGAGUGAAUCCAGUUGCCUCACGAACUGUGCCCAGCGCUAUAUGGACAUGAGUCUCAUGAUCAUGAAACGUCUCCAACAGGGAAGUUAAACGCUCACUUUAUCUUCAAAUAUGCCGAUAAAUUAUUAAUUUUCGAACAUAUAUUAUUUUUUAUAUUCUCUUCUUUGUUAUUGUUCUACUUGGCUUUGUAAUGCCUUCCAUGAGUAAUUUUGAGUUUCACUCUCUUUGUUUUCGGUUGUUUCCGCUCUAUUGUACUACCUUUGUCUCGACGAAGGUAUUUAUUUGGAUUUUUAGUUGUAGAUUAAAAAAUAAUAAUAUUUUAUCAUUCAGUGGAAGUGUGUAAGAUAAUUUUGACAUUUUCGUUAGGUAUAACGGUGUGUUUAUUUA